UUAAUUGUAGUGGAUGAUGGCAAAGUGUAGAAUUUCAAUAAAUGUCUUAAGAUAUGAUUGUUUGGAUUUACUUUUCUAUUGUUCUAAAGCAGAUGGCAAUCAAGUGUCAAUUUUCAGCAAAGAUGUCACAUUAAGACAAUGGAUUUGAAAUCUGGGCUUUGGUUACCACAACAAUAACUAUGUCAACACGACCAUUAGAGACUCAUGUUACUUGUAAAUGCCACCAGAUUAAGUUUUCAUCAAAAGCUGAUUACCCGCAAUCCCGAUGUAAGCAUGUGUCCUGUCUACACGAAAACUACGUGUAUAUGUUUGCUGGAAAAGAUGGCAAUAUUUCUCUCAAGGAUUUCUGGAGAUUCAGUUUAAGCAAUCAGAAAUGGGAGUUGCUCAGUUUCCGUGGUGACAGUCCCCAACAUUUAGAAGGUCAUACUCUGGUGUCAUGCAAAAAAUUAUUACUGUUAUUUGGUGGUGAGUUUGGUGAUGCUUUGACAGAAUCUUCACUUUGGAUAAUUAAUCCAGAUCUGGGUUACAUAAGAAAAUCAGUGUUAGACCCUGGAUCAGAGAGGCCGUGUAUACGACGACAUCAUACAGCGGUUGUUGACAAUGGUGCGAUGUAUGUCUACGGAGGUUAUAUAGAUAUGAAAGGGUCAAGUUCUGAACUCUGGAAAUAUCUAGUUGAUGAUGAGGAAUGGGAACUUAUAUCACCACGGCAACAUAUACGAGACACACCCAGUGGUCGUCAUGGUCACACAGCUGUCGUAUAUAACAAACAUAUGUGGCUGUAUGGAGGAAGUACAGAUCUCUCAGCUAAACAAGAUCUCUGGAGUUAUAGUUUUGGUGCAAACAGAUGGGAGAGAAUCAAGUUGAAGUAUUCACCUCCAGCCUUAACUGGACACACAGCUACAGUGAUUGGUACCCGGAUGUUUAUAUUUGGAGGUGAGACCAGCAGGGAACCAUGCAAUCAAUUAUGGUACUUUUGCUUCAGAAUUUCAAGAUGGACACAGAUUAUGUUAUCAGAUCAAAUACCAUCACGAACAUUCCAUUCUGCUUUGCUCAUCACCCCUAGCAACCAACAAGAUAAUUCUGUAAAAGCCAGCUCAGUUCCCUAUCUACAGAAAAAAAUUUCUAAGCUAAAUUUAGAAAGACCUAGAUCUAGCCCAGGUGUUCGGUUAGGAACCUCUGGAUCUAAUAGACUCUUGCAAAAAUCUGGAUCACAGGACAGCUUGCAUGUCGAAGAAUCUGUGUCGUCAAGAAGUAGGAGUAGAAGUCAUUCUCAAAAUAGCACAAAUAUACAAGUAAAGAAUGUUGACAAACCUGAUAGUUUGAAAUUAUACGGUAACGGUAGUGAGGAAAGUUUAAAACUGGAGCCGUCUCCUUCGGAGAAUACUGCAGAUAAAUCUCCGCUGUGUCCAAAGAGAAUGGAUAUUAAUUAUAACGCCAUUGACAUGUUGGACAGAAACACAGUUAAUAAUGGUCUCGACAAUCCAGGUAUCUCAGACAGUACGGAGGAACUUAUACGUGAAAGCCACUUGAAGGAGGCCCGGUUAAAAACUGAAGUUCUAUGUGAUAAAAACCGUCCAUCCCCAUUUAUGAGGUCUCUGAGUUAUGCCACAGAACAAGAGAAACGUAAGAACGAGUUUGAUAACAAACCAGUGUCAUUAGUAUCUGUUAUAUCCGGAAGCUGUGACUGUAUUGACAAUGAAGGUAAAAAUAGUUGGGAAAAAUAUAUAGUGAAAAAGUCGAGACUAGAUCCAGAAUUAGUUGUUGAGGAUAUAGAACAUUUAGACUGCUUUCCACAUGAUAUUCAGAUUCCGUAUCCAAAUUCUACUCCUUACAGGUUUUCUUCGUUUAAAUCUGUGGACUCAUUGUUUCAUGACUCAGGGAAUUUGGAGACAAUAGAGUUGGAAUAUUGCCAAAAAGGUAACAAUGUGCAGAAAUCUUCACAUGCAAGAGAGAACAUUACUGAGAAAAGUAUUCGAUUUGAUAGGAAAAGUCAAUCUGUGCAGAUUAGUGGCUUACAUAGUAGAAAUGAUGUAGAAAAUGUUAAAAAUAGAGAAAACAUUUCAAAAUCCGCAGAAAUGUUGGCGAUCGGUCAUGACUCGGACUGUCUACCUAGAAUACAGCAGAAAAAUUUGACAAAGGACCCGUCUAGAGAUGAAAUGGAAACCAGUUUUUAUAGUGGAAAUAACCCUCAGAAUGAGAGAGUAUCUGGCAUUUAUCGUAAAAAUACAAAAUCUCCACCAAAGAUUUCUCAGUGUGCUGAACCCCCCUAUAUUCUAGUUAUUGGUGGGAAAGACAAUAAGACUGUCAACUUUGCUAUAAAACCUCUACCUCUGUGGAAACUUCAAAUACAGACUUUGUGAAUGCGGCUUACCGUCUUGUUUUUCUUCUAGUCAAGAACGUUUGGAAAUGUAUUAUUCUCUAUGAAGGGAACCAGUACUGUCAUAUGUUAAUUUGUUACCACAUUUGUUGAUGUAAUGUUUCUUUGUCUCUAGCUGGAUACCAGUAAGAUUAGCAUAAACCAAUGCAUUAUUGAAGCAUUAAUGUGUACCAUAUUACUUUUUUAUAUUUCAAGUCCAAUAUAAGAAUGUGAAAACUAUCUACUACUCACAAACACAGAGUAUAAGAGGUAUUAUUUAUGGUAUAAGGAAUAACAAAAGAAAGUCACUCUGUCGAGAAUUUUGAAUCUAUGUACUUAUAUUUAUGAAUGAUCAUACUUCAAUAUACUGUUCAAAUUCAAUCAAAAUGCUUUACUAGAGGUUAGUAAUCAUUGCUCAAUAGAUAACAUAUUUGAUUUUUUCAUUUCUAAAUAGGCAGCUUGUUUAACAUUCCAUGUUUUGUUUCUUAAAUGCUUUUUUCUCACUUCAUAGUCUUCUUUGUUUGUGACUAUUGUGUAUCAACUUAUAUAAAAUAUUAGGGAUGGCAACGAAUACCAAAAUCAAUACUCGGGUCAUUUUUCCGAUCGAGUACUCGGUUACUGAGAUGAUUUCCAAUAAUUUUCAAAGUUUUAUUGCACAAUGUCAACACCGUCUGCAUGCUUCUUUCGUUUGGAGGAAACUGAGAAUAACCAAUAAACAAAUUAAUUAAAAUGAAAUCAACAACAUUAUAUUUUACAACGAUUUAAUUAAUGCCAUAUCAAGUUUAAAACAUGUAUAACAGUUCAUAUAUAUUUUUGUCUUCUUGAAAUAAUAUAGACUGAUUGGCGUCAAUGGAUAUAGCUAGCGAAUCCAUAAUAAAUAUAAACAUAAGACAUCGUCAAUGACAGCAUAUAUUUAUGUUUUAUAAUUAAAAAUAAAGGUUAAACAGUUUCGGCUCCCAACUGUUACACAAUUAAAGGUAAUUAAUGACGUAAGCGACACAGUUGUUUAAUCCCAUGCGCGUGUCAAACUGUUGAUAGCCUUGCUAAAUUUACAAUAUCAUUUUCCCACCUCUGCAAGGAUGUUUUGAUUGCAUUUAAGAGUUAUUUAUGAAGAUACAUGUACAUCUUAAAUUUUUUACACCAAUCUUUCUUAAUCGCAAAUAAAAAAAGGAAUUAUUUUUUCUGAGUAAUCGGAUAUCAAUUGUGUUAACCGAUAACUGAUUGAGUACUCAGUUAACCGGUUACUUGUUGCAAUCCCUAAUAAAUAUGCAUAUAACAAACAAUGUAUGUGCAUAAUUACCAGUAUAUUUUUAUACAACAGUAUUGUACUUUAAGAGUCCUGUUUCUUAACCUUUAUAAUGAUAGAUUUAAAUGCUACUAUAUUUAGUGGUCUGAAGAUACUUGUUUUAGAAGUCCAUGUCAAACUUUUUGGUAUAAAAUAGAAAUUAAUUUCAGUAUUUCUAAUUUAUUUAUUAAGUUUGACAAAGAAUUUGUUUAAAAAAACUUGCCUAGCUAUGAUGUAUCAUCACUUAUGAACAUUUCAGAAACAGUUCUUCACUUGAGUUGUACGAGUUAUGAAGUCUCGGGUCUUAUCCAAAGAAAACAGUUUCUGGAUAUUUUUAUCUUUUAUGAAUAUAAGCUAGCAUAAUAAUGUUUUGUUCUCUUAUUUUGUUUAGCUAUUUUUUCUCAUAAUUUAUUGUUAUACAGUCAAAGGGAGACAACUGUUUUAUAUUUUUCUCCACUACUGGUCGGGAACCAUCAACCGGACACUUUUGGAACAUUUUUCCGUACAGAUUUCAUAAUUUUUAACCUAGAGACCUAAAAAUUUGACACAGUUCACCUAGGUUCUUCUCUUAACUAACAAACUAGUUUGUU